AUGGCGAAAUCAUCAGAGCCAGCUAAGUAUGUGGAGGAGGAGGAGAGAAAACCGAAGAUUCAAGAAGAAGAGGACGAGUCUAAAGAGGAAAUAGAAGAGAUUGUAGUGAACCCGACUACUACCGGUACAACCGAAAUGGAGGACCACAAUGGCCGACCUACCGAUUUCACAGCUCCAUCGGUGGAGCCAGAUCCGUUGAUUCCUGCAAACAAGAUACGAGGUGGCCGCUCUUCUGCUGCUGACGACGCGUCCGUGAAGGCUAAUGCCAAGAGAUCCACGAAAAUCGGAUUGUCUGGCAACAAAGGUCCGGUAAGGCCCGGUGCUGUUGCGGAAAAAGGUCCUUGUCCAACAAAGUCCCGUGCCGUGAGCCACAGUGAAACCCCAGUACUCCAAUCCCAUCCAUCCAUUGGACAACCAGCUCCCAGAGGCGUAGAUUUGCAAGGUGGACUGAUCCUGCCCACUACUACUACAACUAGUAACCAAGUAACGGCUGCUACUUCCUCUGCGACUGUACCAGGAGCCCAAGCAGCAGUGGGAAAUUCUGCCGACAACAAAAGAAUAGAGUGGGG